CAGGUACAUCGAAAUGUGGAUUCUGACCAUAGGCACGCUACUCAUGAUGCGACUACAGUUGUGGCUUGGCGAAGACAACUGCUUCAUUGGGAUCACAGUCAUUCACUAUAAGAAGCAUCAUAUUCGUAGUUGAAUUUUGAACUCCAGCCUGUUCCGAACAUCAUCAGUUUACAUCAUUUACAAUACUACCUCCCCUACCAACCCAUAGCGUCUCUGACCUCUCAAUCUCAAAAUGACUACCCGUAAUAUCGAAGGAUUCGCGGUUCCUUUCUUGCCCGCGAGGCGCACCUUUGCGAACGUCUGGACCGAGUAUGAGCCGAAUAAACGGGUUAUUCUCCCAAAAGAGUACGCCUAUAUUGGCGUUCCUGCAACCAAGACCAGUGGAUUGGAGAAGUUCGAAGCGCCAGACCCGGCAGACUGGUGUCCCCGUGGAUACGCUGUCAUACAAGCUGACGCGAGAGGCACUUUCAAUUCUGAAGGCGACAUGCACCAAUUUGGCUCUCAAGAGGCUCACGAUGGGUAUGAUCUCAUCGAAUGGACGGCCAAACAGCCAUGGUGCAACGAGAACGUUGCAACUGUUGGAAACUCGUGGCUAGGAAUCAUGCAGUGGUUCAUUGCUGCCGAAAAGCCCCCUCAUUUGAAGGCCAUUGCACCCUGGGAGGGUGCAGGCGACUUUUAUCGUCAAACACUCUGUCGCGGAGGGAUUCCGAACCCUCUAUUUUGGGGGCAUGGAUUCUACGAGGACGUUGCUAGUAUGAUCGAAGCCUAUCCGCAUAUGAAUGCGUACUGGGAAGACAAGAACCCGGAUAUUACUAAGAUUGACGUUCCGAUGUAUGCGUGUAUGAGCUACUCUACGGGGCUCCAUACAGAAGGGUCAUUCAGAGGUUGGAAGUAUGCUUCAUCGAAAGACAAAUGGCUCCGCAUUCACGGAACUCAGGAAUGGCACGACCUUUACAAACCUGAAAACAAUGACGACCUCCAGCGUUUUCUUGACCGUUACCUGCUGAACAAAGAAAAUGGCUGGGAGAAUACCCCGAAAGUUCGGCUUUCUCUAUUGCGUUUCGGGGACCGACUUCCUAUUGUUGAACGUCCCGAGGAUGACUAUCCUCCAGCACGUACCCAAUAUCAUACGAUGUAUCUCGAUGCUGGCAAGAGAUCGCUGUCAUACUCGACGCCUGAACAAGCAACGAGCGCUUCCUACAUCGCGGAUCAGUGGGAAGACCAGGGUGUACAAUUUACCUACACCUUUGACAAGUACACAGAGCUUGUCGGGCCCUCUAAAGUUAAGCUAUUCAUGUCGACAAACGACAAUGAUGACAUGGAUGUAUACGUCAUCAUACGUAAGCUUGACCGCGAUGGCAAUGCUCUUUUAACGCUCAACGUUCCUCUGGACCAACAGCCACAUGGUACUAGGUUCGAGGAUGUUGACGACUUGAAUCUGUACAAACACAACGGCCCGUCCGGCCGCUUGCGUGCAUCCAAGCGUGCCCUUGGACAAGACCCCAAGCUGUCAGAGGAGCAGCGCGAACGGCAGUUACCAACUGAGCUCUGGCUACCUUAUGACAAGGAGGAGAAGGUACCCCGUGGUGAAGUUGUCGAGCUCGAUAUUCCUAUUUGGCCGGCAGGAAUAGUGUUCGAGAGCGGAGAAUCGAUGCGUCUGGAGAUCAAAGGGCACGACCACCCUCUGCAUGAAUGGCCAAACCUUGGGCCAUUGUUGAAGAAUUUGAAUGUCGGCAAUCACACUGUUCAUGCGAGCAAGGAGUAUCCUUCUCAUAUUGUUCUUCCUCUCAUAUUCUAG